AUGGUUUGACUUGUUUCAAUACCCUGCGGCACACAGGCGCUUUGCUCCUGGGCUGCCUCUCCUCCCGUCAGAGAAGCAGGGACUGUGCCUUCCCCCGCCUGUGAUGACACUGCGGUAGCGAAGGCUGCAGAUCUGGCUCUUUGCCAGGUCAACGCUGACCAAGAAGAGGGCUACAUACUCAGGCUCUACCGAAUUUUCAGUGUCCGAGAACACUCUCAGGAAAUCAUUGGUUCUGUCUUCUAUCUUAUCUUGGAGUUAGCAGAUACUGAAUGCCAUGCACUCAGCAAAAAGUUGUGGAAGAACUGUAAGGUCAGAGUUGCUCAUUCAACUGUUUAUGGUCAAUGCAAAACAAUUAUCUACAUAAAUCAGGCAAGAAAUACUGCUCCGCUGAAUACUUAUGAGUGCAUUUUACAACCAGUUCCACACAGAUAUAUUUCCAUAUGUCCUGACUGCCCAGCUGAUGACCUCCCAACUGAGCUCAAAUAUUUGGAAGCGGCUGUUCAAAGUCUCGCCAAGUUCAAUGGAGAGAGUGAACACGCUCAUUAUUUCUCUGUCCUCAAUGUCACAAGAGCUUCAAGGCAGUGGGUCGUUGGUCCUGCAUAUUUUGUAGAGUUUUUAAUUCAGGAGACAUCCUGCUCCAAAGCUGACACAAUUCCUGACAUCUCCAAAUGCAAGACCCUUUCAUCAGAACUAGCUAAAAUAGGUUUCUGUAAAGGCUCUGUAGCAGACAGCCACUUGGAAGAUGAACAAUUUGUUACAAUAUCCUGUGAAACCUACAGUCUGCAG